GCACAGCGCGCAGGGGCGCAGCGCGGCCGAGCAGCUGACAGCAGCGUCACCGUCACCGCGGCGGGAGGAGCGCGCCGCUCCCGCGUCGCCAGCAGCCGCAGCCGCACUCACUCCCCGCGCCGCCCGUCCAGAGCGAGCUGCUCCCGGAGACGCGCGCGGAGCAGAGCUGGGCUCUCACCCAGGUGUUUCCUGACUGAUAGCUGGAGUCUUCAAGCAAAAUGCCUGAGCAGAGCAAUGAUUACCGGGUGGCUGUGUUUGGGGCAGGAGGUGUGGGCAAGAGCUCCCUGGUCUUGAGGUUUGUGAAAGGCACGUUCCGGGAGAGCUACAUCCCAACUGUGGAAGACACCUACCGGCAGGUGAUCAGUUGUGACAAGAGCAUCUGUACACUGCAGAUCACUGACACAACUGGGAGCCACCAGUUUCCUGCCAUGCAGCGGCUGUCCAUCUCCAAGGGGCAUGCCUUCAUUCUGGUAUAUUCCAUCACCAGCCGGCAAUCCCUGGAAGAGCUGAAACCCAUCUACGAGCAGAUCUGUGAAAUCAAAGGGGAUGUGGAGAGCAUCCCUAUCAUGCUGGUGGGGAACAAGUGUGACGAGAGCCCCAGCCGAGAGGUGCAGAGCAGCGAAGCAGAGGCCUUGGCCCGCACGUGGAAGUGUGCCUUCAUGGAGACCUCAGCCAAGCUUAACCACAAUGUCAAGGAGCUCUUUCAGGAGCUGCUCAACCUGGAGAAGCGCAGGACUGUGAGCCUCCAGAUCGACGGCAAAAAGAGCAAGCAGCAGAAAAGGAAAGAGAAGCUCAAGGGCAAGUGUGUGGUCAUGUGAGAGCCCUUUCUGCAGGAAGAGCAACAAGCUAUCAUCCGGGCCUCACUCCCCUCCCUGCGUGAAACCCCCUUGUCAGGGCAGCAUGUAUGAUGCCCACCUGUGAAACAUUGCAUUUGGCUGAGACACACCCUAGUGUCCUUCAAGAGGCAUUCCACACCACCACCAAUAAGCCACCCUCCUUGGAGUUGCUCACACCUGGCAUCCCAGGGAACAGAGAGGUGCAGCCAUUUCUGAGCAGGUUUUUGCCAUUGGGAAGCUGGGGAAACUCAUAGCCACAUACACAGAACAAGCUGAGAGGAACACAUGUCACCCACGUGUGUGCGAGUGCGUGCUAGCCAGAGCUGAUGGUACCAUCCCCACACCGAGCAUCUUCUCCUCUCAGUAACAUCUUUGGGGGAAGGAUAGGUAGUGGCAGAGUGAGAAGACCUGUUAGUCCAAACUGGACUAUAAAGGUCCACUUAAAUACAUUGUAAGCCAAAUUAAAGAUGAAAUACAGCCUCCCCCAAAGGAUGUUUGUUUCCCACUCAUUUUCAUCUGACCUGCCCUGAGGGGCGUCUGUAAUACCUGUAGACUUAGUUAGCAAAUACCAUGAUGUGAACCUAUUAGAAUGUCUAUUUUCAUAUACUCACCAGUGUCAUGAUGCUGUGUCACAAGUUCUUCAGUUUUUGAGUAAAGAGAUGGUGACAUGAUUAAAACAUCACCAUCCUGUUCCAUGGUGUGAUGCUUUAAGGAUUUUAGAAAUGUGAAAUUUCUUUGCUUUAGACCUGGGAGGGCUGUAAUUUCUUCCAGCCCUCAGAUUUUAAAUAAAAGCCAAUCAAAUAGAUAUUUUUAGACUUGUUUUCCUCCUCCCUCCAAGAUGGUUUUCUUCUCUUAAAUAACUUGAUGUGUACCCAGCUGGCCAACAGCCAACAAAGGGCCACCCAAUGACCAGAAGCACAUUCAGUUUUCUAAGUGACCCAACACAUAUGUAAGCCACACUUUACACCUUAAUGAAAUCCUUUGAAGCAGAAGUUAUACACUGUGUCUUUCACGAUGUAUUGCUCUCGGAAGUGUUUUCCUGGAAAAUGCAUUUUUAAUGAAUAGUAAAUUCCCUUGCAUGAUCCAUUCCAUGUGUCCUGUCAGAGCCGUAUUCAUCCUAGGAACAACAAUCUCUUCCUAAUGGUUGUGUGUGCACCCUUAAUCCUUCAGACCAAAUUACAGCCACCACUACUUCCUGCUGGCGUGGGAGGUGAGGGAGAUUGCAGAUAGGCUGGCUGCUGUGUCCUUAGCAUGGCCUGCUCAGCUCAACCCAUCUGCCAUCCAAGAGUCUGAGUAGGCUCUGCCUUCUGAAAAUUCCCACUGACAGAACCUGUGAGUUCUAUUUCUGUUGACAGAACAAACACAUGUCAUCCCUGUCUGCUGGAUCAUCCUCUUUCUCCCCACUGUCCUUUCGAUUUCCUGCUGGGGAAGCAGAGGAAGCUGCAGUACCUCCUCGUGGGAUUGUAGGGGGCAAGGGAGGGAUGUGAAGACUGACUUCCAUACUUGCUGUUUUUACCUCUCCUCCCAUGCAGAUGACAGCCAUGUGAACACCACCAUCUUCCAAAACACACUUGUUUGAGAUCUCAGAACCGCCUAGCUUUCCUUUCUAAUUCAAUUCCCUUUUCUGCUUAUGUCCUCUCUGCUCUACCUACAACCCACACUGGUGAUGCCAUUUGUGUAUGGGAAGUGCCUUUGAGAACCAUUUGGCUCCAUGGUAAUUACCAUCUCCUUGGUCUUCUAGAACAGAACCCUCCUGUCUUUACCUAGAGAAAGAGUCACACUGAGAAAGGAAGGGCAUGGUAUGGUAUGGGAGCCAUCAGGGAGUGUAGAAUCUUUGGAGCAAUUCCAUGACCCCAUUAAGUCCCUCGUGCAGGAACUUUUGUUCCAAAAGGCCAUUCUUUCACACUUGCAAAGAGAUGAGUUGUUGGAUGUUCUGGAAUAUCAGCUUCUUUUAACUUGUCCAUACUUAAAAAAAAAAUCCUGUUCUCUGAGAUGAUCAACUUGCUAUUUGAGUGUGCAAGAAGUAGAAGAAAGACCAGAAAUUCAUGGCCAACUUGGAACAUAUACUUUGGGGUGGGUUCUUGGUUAGCAGUGAAAUACGGCCUUUGCCAUGUAUUGAUAAAGAUUUGAUCAUAAGCCAUUCCUACUGAUCCUGAGUCAGGAUUUCUUUUAUCUUUUUAAAGUCAGACUCCACAGUUUUAAGUGUUGAGGUUAUCAACAGUAUGAGAAGCUUGCAGUUAUUGACAAUCUGAGCUCACUGAAGAUACAUUUUGUCUUCCUUUAUAUUUUGCCUGUGAGUUUAUAGGAGAGAAAGGUAGGCUGGGGAAGCCUCCAUCCCAGGGCUUCAUUCUCAGAUCAUUAUGUAGACUGAGGAUGACAACCUCAUCUUUAGGAGCUCCUUCCUGACUCAGGGCUUGAGGAGUUAAUGCCAUUGAUGGUUUGUUUCUAGCAUUUGUAUGCACCCCAUCUCCAAAUAAGGAGUCUUGGUUCUUGAGACCACAUCCUACAUUGCACAAGGGCACAGAAGCUUUUGACCUAGCCCCAGUAUCUUAUAAAACUCAAAAUACUGCUUUGAAGAUGAUGGCACUCUGGGAUUCAGCAUGGGGCUCCAUGAGUUCCCUUUCUGUCCCUACUGGUCCCCUUUCCAUCUAGUGACAAGCCAUGGGCAUGCAUACAAUGCAGCAAGGCCAACACCAGAGCAAUAUUGAAUUGUUCAUUAUAUCUAAAAUUAUGUAUAUUAUAUAACUUACCUUCCUGCAUUUUAAAGUUGAAAGUAGUAAACUGUACAUAUCUGUAAGCUAGUAUAUUUGUUUCACUGUUUGUAAUACUUACAAAAUGCCCAUUCUUUAUAGAACUAAAACAUAUCAAGUAUUUUAAAAAUUACUCUGUGAUACUUUCCCUCUCCUCCCCAAAAUUUCUAAUGUGUUGCCUCCAUGUAAUCUCUCUGGAAAUACACAUGUAAAUCCUUGAAGACAUGUCCUGGAAUUCAGUAGUCCACAAAGAUGGUGUGUAGACAAAGUAUUUGCAGAGCAUGAUUUUUGUAUGUGUGAAAUCUCAACAUGUAUAUUUCUAUCUAAAGCGUAUUAAUUGUUAUAAUGUCAUUCUCUAUUAUAUUUUAUUUACUCUGCAGUUAUAAAAAUAACCUUGCCUACAAGUUUGUAGUUGUAGUGAUGGUCUGAAAAUUCUGGAAAAUAUUAUAAUAAAGCUUAGUUAUGACUGGAAGAUGGUGAUAUUUCUUAUCUGUCAUGAC